GUUAGGGGAGGAAUAAACUUCACACAGUUUACUUCUAUGUUCAAUCUUGAGAAACGUGUUUAUGGAAUCGAGGUUCGACUUUCUUUUCUGAUAGCAAACUGCGUUAAAGCAAAAUGCCGCACGCAAGGAGGUUAGUUUACCGAAAGACUUACGUCACCCCAAGACGACCCUUCGAGAAGGCUCGUUUGGACCAAGAAUUGAAACUCAUCGGAGAAUAUGGUCUUCGUAACAAGCGGGAGGUAUGGAGAGUAAAGUACACACUUGCCAAGAUUCGCAAAGCUGCUCGUGAUCUCUUGACCUUAGAUGAGAAGAACACAAGACGACUUUUCGAGGGUAAUGCGUUGCUACGACGAUUGGUCCGCAUCGGUGUCUUGGAUGAAACGAAGAUGAAACUCGAUUACGUGCUCGGUUUGAAAGUUGAGGACUUUCUUGAGAGACGACUCCAAACCCAAGUAUUUAAACUCGGGCUUGCUAAGUCCAUUCAUCAUGCGCGUGUGCUGAUCAGGCAACGUCACAUUCGUGUUCGUAAGCAAGUGGUGAACAUCCCAUCUUUCAUUGUUCGACUUGAUUCGCAGAAGCAUAUUGACUUCUCCCUUCGCUCACCAUAUGGUGGUGGCAGACCUGGACGUGUCAAGCGAAAGAACGCUAAGAAGGGAUCCAACACCAACGAGGAGGAGGAUGAAGAUUAGAUGAGAUCUCUAUGUCCGAGAAACCCUUCAUAUUAGGGUGUUUGGAAUAAAAGUUACAAAAUUGCGU